AUGUACACCACAUCCGCGCCACACGUAGCAGUCCUAUACCAAGAACUUCCACCCCCCUUAAUCAACGGAGUGCGCAAGCCCAAGAAGCCCGGAGGCUACAUCGACUCCAGCGCAGACAUCGCCCACGCACUAACCCACCACAGCCCCGUCUCCGUCAUCACACCCGUCUCAACUCCAGACCCACGCAAUGAUGCAGACUGGUGCUUCGGCGAUUCUGAGGCUGGGAUUGCGCGUGCGCUGGAGAAGGGGGCAACACAUCUCUGGGCUAACACUAUACUCUUCGCGGAGCAUCCGCUUCAGACCGCAGAUAGUCUGACGGGUGUGGCGCAGACGGUGAGGGUUGUAGGACAGCCUCCGAAGCUGGUGCAGCUGUGCGAUGACAAGGCGUUCGUCAACAAUCUUCUUCGUUCUCGCGGUGGUUUUACGCUGCCGGAUGCACACGACGUUCAAGACGAAGAAGACCUCGCGGAUGUGCUCCAGACAGAUCUUCGCUAUCCUAUUGUCGCUAAGCCGGUUAGAGGACGAGGGAGUUAUGGAGUGAGAGUUUGUCGCUCCGAAGAGGAACUGAUCGAACAUUGCCGCGAUUUACUAAGAGAAGAUGCGUCCGUGAUCGUCGAAGACUUUCUUGCGGGGCAGGAAGUCACUGUUACUGUGAUGCCGCCUUCGCCUGCGACGGGACAGGAUGAUUAUUGGGCGAUGCCGGUUGUGGAACGGUUUAAUCAUGCUGAUGGUGUAGCACCGUACAACGGCACAGUCGCUGUGCUUCAGAACUCUCGAUGUCUUUCCGAAGACGAACACCUGGCUGAUCCACACUAUGGUGAGGUACAGCGACAGUGUGUUGAAGUAGCAAAGCUGCUCCAAUGUACUGCUCCUAUCCGAGUCGACGCUCGUCGGUUCCGAGAGGAAGAAUCGUCGUCAUUCGCUCUUUUCGAUGUCAAUAUGAAACCGAACAUGACAGGUCCUGGUCGGCCUGGCAGAGAGAACCAAGCUAGCCUCACGGCACUGGCUGCUGCUGGGUUGGGUUGGGAUUAUCCGACUCUGCUGUUGAAGAUCCUUGAGUCGAGUAGUUCUCUGCAUGAUCUGAGAAACGCUACACCGUCGCAUGUCAUUGGCAAGUGGUUUGGGUAA